AUUUCUAACCAGGAGCAACAAAAAAGACAGCAAGGUUGAUACCAUGGUGACAGAGGGGGAGCCCACAGACUUGUUGAAAGUGCUACACCUUCUAGCACUGUCUUUCUCCUGGGGCAUGCAGGUCUGGGUUUCCUUCAUAGCAGGUUUUGCAUUGGUUUGGCAGGUUACUCUGCACACCUUUGGCCUGGUACAGAGCAAGCUUUUCCCUGUAUACUUCUAUUGUCUGAUGGGGAGUAGUGCUGCCAGCCUUGCUCUGUAUGCUGUGUAUCACCCCAGAGAGCUGCUGGACUGGCAUGAAAGUUUACAGAUGGCUUUGUAUUUUGUAGCAUUAGUCAUGGCCAGUCUAAACGCCUGCUGGUUUGGCCCAGCAGCCACUGAAGUGAUGUUUCAAAUGAGGGAGGUGGAGAAGGAACAUGGAUUGGGGAACCAGAUUGGCCUUGGCAGCCAGAGAGAGGAGUAUGCUAAGCUCAAAGAGCAGGACCCCAAGUACAGAGCUUACAAGAGCACAUUUGGUCGCUACCAUGGGCUUUCUAACCUCUGUAAUCUGAUCGGAUUUAUCUGCACCACAACCAACUUAAUCUACACUGCUUUAAAUCUAUCCACUAUUUAGAGAAGAAUAGACAUAAUUAUGGAAAAAGAAUAGGUUUUUGUUUAUUCAGUAUUUAAUGAAAUGCGGCAAAGUCAUUAAGGUUUGAUUAAAUAGUACUAGUUUAGUACCUCCAUAAAAUAACACUAUGUGACAUCAUGAAAGUGCAAAAUAAAGAUAUUGCAUCAUAUUUGUAACAGCUGUGAAUUUUCAGUUUUAGUGCUCUGAUGAAGGGGGAUGCUUUUGUUGUUAAUUGGUAUUUAAAAAACUAGACUUUUAUGUCACAAGCCCUUUUCAUCUUGUCAAUUUUUGUCCAACUGACACUUUUAAAAGAAGAUUGUUUUGGUAUUUGUAAAGUUUUCUAAAGAAAAAAUUGCUUAUCAAGUGGAAUUUCUAUUAAAACUCUAUUCUAAAUCACACAAGUCCUGUGAGGAGUUGGUUGGUUAUGAAACAGACCGAAGUUAAUUUAUGAAAUAUAAAAGUUAACAUGACCAUAGUCUUCUCUUUUAUUGCCUCAAAUGACUGCUUGGGUCUCAGAUAAGGUGACUUACCGCUCACAAAAGAAGUAGCCCUUUUUAAUGUCCAGAAAAGCAAUUCACAUUGACUUUAUUGUUUGACUGUCAAAUGAAAGCAGAACAAGAUUGGCAAGGACAAGAUACGAGAACACGUUUUGUGUUUAUGUAUAGGACACGAUCAGGAAAAAGAUAAGACAUCAGGUGUGUCACCAAUAUUGACACAAAUGGAAAGUUCCUCACGAGUGUUUUAAGUAAAAUUUAUUCAGAAAACUUGGCAUGCUGUCAUGCAAUGUGAUAUUAUCCCCAGUAGAGGGUGAUGUUUGGAAAAAUUCAGGUAAAGUUCUAGGUCUGUUGUUGGGCAUGGCAAAGUAUACUGCAG